CCAUACACGCAUACAAUGUUGUUCACCCGCCUCGCUCCCCGAGUCUCCUCUUUCUCUGCUCGAUCCAUCAACAGAACAAACUCAUACACAAGAACUUUCUCGCAAACAGCAGCAAUAAUGGGCGUCACCAAGACUACCACCCAAGAGGGCACCGGCGCGCAGCCCCAGGCGAACCAGACUGUUACUAUUGAGUACACUGGCUUCCUCAAGAAGGCUGAUGGCAGCAAGGGAACUGUCUUCGACUCCUCAGUCGGCAAGUCCGAUUUCCGCACCAAGAUCGGCGUCGGCCAGGUCAUCCGCGGCUGGGACGAGGGCGUCAUCAACAUGAAGGUUGGUGAGAAGGCUACUCUGGAUAUCUCCGCCGAUUACGCCUAUGGCAACCGUGGCUUCCCCGGCGCCAUCCCCCCCAACUCCGACCUCAUCUUCGACGUCUGGUUGAAGGCUAUCAACUAAGCUAGCUAGCGGAGCAGGAUGGAUUGUUAAUACUGUCUCUACUACUAUCCAUAGGGGGGUUAGAUUCGCUUGUGCGCGGUGCGGUGCGGAUGUUCCGGGUGAGAGCACGGCUAGACUGAGUGCUGCCUGUCUUGCCUGUUGAGCAAAUAAAGAUGGAGUGAACCCGUUUUUUGAUGUGUAUG